AUGUGGUCUCUGGAACACCUUCACGACAUGAAGAUCCUUCUUUCCAGGCACCAUGUUGCCAAAAUAUGCACGGUCCCAUCGCGUCUGCAACGUGGCAACCCGACACAAACCAGUGGCGACCACAAUGACAAAUGGUAUGCUAAUUUUCAUCAUCAUUAUCAUUCGGCCAUGGCCACGUCAUUCCUCCCAAGCAACAACCGACCACCACGGACAACCAUGAAUGAUCACGACACGUCAACACAAUCAUGCAACAACCACGGCAGAACAAGAGCACACGACGAGACACGAUCAUUACCAAACAAGCAGGGUCCACGUCGCCACUGUGAUGAUGCUGCCCACAUCAAUCCAGGGGGUCCAGGGGGCUUCAAGCUGUGUGCUGAAGGAAUGGGUCUAAAGUUGUUCUAUCUUAUCAAGGAUCUUUUUGUGUAA